CGGAGCCCAUAAAGGCCGCGGGGCAGGCGGCGUGUCCUUGUGUCUGUCGGUGCGUCCGUCUGUCCGUGCCUGCCGCAGCUCGCUCUGCCUGCCCGCGGGAUGCUGGCGCUGAGCGCCGCCCGCCGCCUGCUUCGCCCUCCCGGGGACCUGCUGCCGCCGCCGGGGCUCGCCUGCUUGUGGGCGCCCGGUGCCCGCGGCUGCAGCGGGGCCGGGGCAGGCUCGCCGAACCCGGUGGUGUACUUGGACGUGGGCGCCGACAACCAGCCGCUGGGACGCGUGGUGCUGGAGCUGAAAGCUGAUGUGGUCCCAAAGACAGCAGAAAACUUUAGAGCUCUUUGUACUGGUGAGAAAGGAUUUGGGUAUAAAGGAUCCACUUUUCACAGAGUGAUUCCUUCAUUUAUGUGCCAGGGUGGUGACUUUACAAACCAUAAUGGAACCGGUGGAAAAUCCAUUUACGGCAGUAGAUUUCCAGAUGAAAAUUUCAUCCUUAAGCAUGUAGGACCUGGUGUUCUCUCAAUGGCCAAUGCAGGACCCAACACAAAUGGAUCCCAGUUCUUCAUUUGCACUGCAAAAACUGAGUGGCUAGAUGGAAAGCAUGUUGUUUUUGGACAUGUAAAGGAAGGAAUGGAUGUAGUGAAAAAAAUUGAAAGCUUUGGUUCCAAGAGUGGAAAGCCCUCCAAAAAGAUUGUCAUUACUGACUGUGGCCAGCUGUCCUAAUCUUUUGCCCUACCCUUCAAGACAACUUGGAUGCUGUGAAAAAGGAAUCAUAAGAACACCCAAACAUUUCUUAUCUCACGUGUAGCACCUAUGGAACCAUGUUUUUUAUUUAACUUGGUCCAACUUUUAUACUUAUAUUGAAUAAUAUUGCUUGAAACCAUAAAAUAAUAACUGAAGCAUGUUGUAAGUGCAGCACUGUGGUAGUCACACUGGCUUGGUAGAGUCCCCUUGUGUUUUGCAAGAAGCGCUGACGUCACUCAGGGUGUGUGUAUCUGCAGUGUUGAUACUGUCCUUAGUAUUUGGAUGUUUCAGGUGUCAGAAUGGAUGGUGGAAUUGACAGCAGGGGUUCUGCAGUGGGGGCUUAGGUAUAAAUUGAGAAAUGCUGUGUUUGCUUUGGUGCUAGUGAAUGCUUAUUCUGUUGCUCGUCUCAUCAUUUUGAAGCAAUACUACUGACCAGUGCUCUCAAGGCUGUCUGCAGCAACACUGGCAUUUUUUUUGUGUCUCAGUUAAAUUCUAUCCAGUAGAUUUAAUGAGCAACUGUGGUUUCUUAAAAAUCAGUUCUGGUUUAGUCUUUCUUGUAGUCUCAGACUAAUUUUUAAAAAUAAAACUCUACCGUACCUGCUUCAGUGGAGCAAUUUGACUUUUGGGUUAAAUAAAUUGCUUUAGGUUGAGCUAGGCUACUACUGAAGCUCUACCUGGCAAUAAGACCUCACCUCAAUCCAGCCAAAGGAUCUCAGGACUUUUUUUAUUACGGAACUGUGAAAUUGAAGUAUGCUUCUGCUCUGUGAUCUGGUUCUGUGAAGAAUACAGCUCAGUUCUCAAUAUACGGCCUAUUUUUGUACUUGGAGAAUAUAAUCAGUAUAGUGAGCUUGCUAGAGUGAGAAAUAGGUUUGAUUGCCUUUUUGUCAUGUUGAUCCUGUGAAGUCAGCCCAAUUUGGGUAUUACUUGGAUUAUUAUUUCUUCUUAUGCAUCAUCAUCAUGAGUCAGAAUUGGACACCACA